AUCCUCAUCUGUGCAGCUCCCACCUUCAGGUGUUACAAACACUAAGCCAUGUUGCGAUCAGGGGCAGGUGGUUGAAGAGCUUCAUCUUGCUCGCUCUGAGAAGAGACUGGAGGUAAAUGUUCUGCAGAGCUAUGGUGCCCUCACAUGUGUGGACAUAGAUUCUCCAGAAGAAGGACCAGCAGACACGCUAUGCAAACAGCCCUGUCAGCAAGACCUGAUCCUUGUUCUUGACACAAAUAUUCUCCUCAGKCACUUGGAGUAUGUGAAAAAGAUCAAAUCUUGUGGCCUUGGAGCACUGGGCUUUCCUGUCGUCCUGAUCCCCUGGGUGGUGCUUCAAGAAUUGGAUUCCUUAAAAAGGGGAAGAGGCCRGAUAGAUUCUGUGUCCCACCUCGCAACGCCUGCCAUCUCCUACAUCUACAGCACUUUAAAGAGCCGAGACCCUCACCUGUGGGGGCAGUCCAUGCAGCAGGCCGCUGUGAGCAGUAAAGAUCUAAAAGCUGAGAAUAAUGAUGACAGAGUGCUGCAGUGCUGYCUGCAGUACCAGAAAAUGUACCCAGGGUGUGCUCUCAUCUUAUGCACUAAUGAUAAAAACCUGUGCUGUAAAGCUCACCUGAGCGGGGUGAGGGCUCUCUGCAAGAGUGACUUGGAGGCAGAGGUCAGACAUGGCUGUACUAUCCAGCAGACCAUUCAAUCUCCGGUCCUGCCUCAGAUCAGCCCCGAGGUCUCGUCACCGGCGUCGGGCACGAGUUGUGCAACGGUCCAGCCACGUGGUCAGGAGAAAGAUGGUCUCUUUGUAGUCGUUCCAGACAAAGAUGAGCGACUCGGUGAAGGAGAGCRCAAAGAGACAAAACGGGACCUUAGCAGAAGUCUUUCUGAGCUAGAAGAAUGUCUGCGGGAGGUGCUGUCUGAUGUCUUAGAGGUGGAGAUGAAGGCUGCCUAUGGAGACCUCUGGCUCGAGAUAGUUUAUUUAAAACCACCCUGGAGUCUUCAAGAUACCUUGCAGUGUUUCAGAAAGCACUGGAUUGCUGUCUUUGGACACAUUGUCCCACGGAAUAUGCAGAAUAUUAUUUUAAACCUCAUCAACUUCUUUAGCUCAGGUGAAGCUGUGCACAGUUGCACAACCUCAAAGACCCUCCAGGAAGCAAAGGAACUCGUAAAAUCAUUUCGGAAAAGUUCGAAAUAUGUUCCCCAGGCCAUCACAGUACUGGAAAACAUUAGCAAUAAGCUGCAACCUCAGCACAAUGCGUCUUUGGAGGAAGAAUCUCCUGCCUGUGAUGUUAUCAUGAAGGAUGACGAUGAAGACAAACCACAAAUAUCUGCUCGGGUCUCUCACCAAGAAGUGUGGGCCCUGUUUGAGAAUAUCUGGUCCAAUGUGCUCCAAACUAGCUUGGAAGUGUUCAAAGCGCUUSGCUUUGACCCUCACACUAUGCAGAYGACUACGCCGAUGGGAGGUCCCGCCCCGCCGCAGGGCGCUUUAGCCUGUUUGCACAAACUGUCCUCUAUGGUCUCACAGCUGCUUCAAGCAUUCAGCAGUGUUUUGUCCUCGGCGCCCGGUUCAGAGGAAGUCCAGAUGCUGCUCACCAUCAUAGUUUCCAAUAAGAUUGUAAAUGAAGACACCAGGUUAACAGUCAAAGAUCUUCUCGAUUGUUUCUCACAACCAGACUACAGGGAGAAGCUGCGAGUCUUAGGGAACCAGUUGAUGGAGCUGAAAAAGGCGUUGGACUGUUGCGUUCAGGUCACAGGCCGGCACACCUCUUUCACCACAUAGUGCCGUUUAAAGCAGGGUCACACUGACCGCACAUCGACCAAACACAUGCCUGAAAUUAAACUUGUUUUUACUUGAAGUAAAACCUAAGCUUGAAGGCAUAUCUGUCGUGGACCACACUUUCCUACGAUAAACCCUUUAAGACGGUACUUUCCUUCAAAUGAAUGGAUGUUCUCUACCUUUAUAAAAGAUGCUUCUCCAAAUAACCCAGCUUUACCAUUGACCUCAGCAUCCUGUCAUUUAAUCAGUAUUUAUGCAAAUGUAAAGCAUACAAUUAGUUUUUCUACACUAAUUUUUCUUUUGGGUUUUUGGUGUGCAUGUCCUAAAUGUAAAAAAAAUAAAUAAAAAAACAUAAAAAAUGUUUGAGUUAACGAGCCUUCUCUAGGUAAACAAUCAAAAAUUCAGUUKACACAUCAAAAACUAGGAGCAAAUAAUUACAGUACAUGUGGAAAUUUUUCAUUUGGAAAGGAUUUGAUUAUAUUUUAAAUUAUUAAAUCAUUUAGUGAAGCUUCUGGUGUUUUAAAACUUUAGAAAACACAAAACUGGGGUUGGGGUCAGCCCAAAACUUACAAUGUCCAACAGCAAGUAGUGAAGAAGUGCCAUAAAAAGAAAUCAAGGGAAAAGAGUUUAGUUUCACUCUCAUGUACCGGUAUGUUUUUUUUUACUUGUAUUACAUGUAACAAUCUUUUUUAUUUAAAAAAAAAAUGCUGUUUGCACACAGAAAUGAAGCCUUUAUUAAAUGUUUGUUAAUCUUUUUCUGYACCGUCUCUUUAUUAGAACACCUCCCUGAGUUCAGUGAAUGUAGUUAAUGGUUUUGGCACUCACUAACCUUUUAAGCUGCAGCUUUUUCUGUGUGUUUCAGUACAUGUGCUUGGACCGAUUUCCUGUGGAUGACCGCUUGGCUGCAUGUGUGACGACAAGAGAUUAGACUCAGRUGAGGGCAGCAGACUUGGGAUUACGUCGGCUGCUACUGUGUCAGAGGUUCACCCAGCAGACGUGGGGCAGGCAGAGGCAAAAGGAAGCAGAUGAGCAAAUAAACAUCAGAACUUUGUCCUAUAAAUAAUUGCACACUAAACUCAGAUUAAACAUUAUCUAAUGUGUUUUGACGUGUUUUGACUGGACUGAUGGUUUGAACAAAAAAAAAAAAAGUGUCAGAAUUUCUGUUGAGCAGAGGAAAAUGUUUACUGUAUUUGUACAUAGCUCUGGUUUACUUUUCUAAAUGAAAUUGUCUUAUUGCUAUAAUAUCCAUUAGUUGGACYUGUAUCUGCACAAGGAGUUUCUUCACACGUGGCCCUUUUUUUUUUUUUUUCAAGCUGUCAGCAGAAAUCAUCCAACCUGUGAAUGAGCACAGAUGGAUUGGGGGUGGGGUUAACUGGUUCUGGCAGACAGCCCACCMUUUUUCAACACUUCCGCAGCCUGAAACGAACACUGUCAUGCUUGUUUAGUCUAAUUUCCUCCAAUGGAACAGUAAAUAUCCUGGUUUGUUAAGGCAGUUCCCAAGAAACUAACAGAGCAGAGACCCUGAGAUGGCUAGGUUGAGACUGUAGGGGCAGAAAUAUAAUGAAGCAAAGAGGUAAAGGCUAUAUUUAGAUUAAUAAAUCCACUGCUUGUAUUAUAAACAUUUAUUGGCAACUGCUGAUUGUUAAAAAAAGGGCCGACAACCCUUUUAUCUUCCUGUUGAAGAUACAAAUCUGUUACGUUUUCUCAAAAAUGUAAUUCCCAAUAAGUCUAAUUUUGACAUGCAUAAAAAAGACAGAAGACAAAAUCAGAUUUAAAUGAUUUAUUAAUUAAGAACUGUUGUUACAAUACAAAUGUGAUUUUUUUUGUUUCUUGCACUAAAAUUCCUGCCAGAGAAAUCUGCCAAUGCCUGACACUUUAAAAACACAAAAGAGAAAAAAAGAAAUGUCAAUAUGUACCUCUACAUAUAUCUAGUUCAAUCACAUUUAAAAAAUAAUAAUAAUAAUAAUAAAUUUGGUUAGCAGAAGCAUGGUUGUGCGUAUUUGGUGUGUGCACUAAAAAUAACUAAAUCUGGCACUGAUUAGAUUUACUCACUUAUUAAGCUGUCUGCUUCUACUUCUACCGUUUACUGAUAAAUUGGUGUAUAAAAAUAUAAAAAAGGCCAUCAUUUAAGAGUCAAAAAAGCAAUCCAGCUUGUUUAAAAUGACAAAAAAAA